AUUGACUACACGUUGGAGGAUGCUAUAUGGUUAAGUGAGAUAUGUUCCAUUUCGGAACUGAAUCUAUAUAAGACUGAUUUCACCAACCAGGGGAAUUUGUACCUUACUACUGCAACAGUCAAGGAUGUUACUGUUUCUUGGUCAAGUGUGCAUCUCAAGUUUAUGGUGAGGCUGACUGUUGCUACUGGUCCUCAUGAGGCUUCUAUCAUGUUUAUGACUACCAAGUUCCGGUGGAUAGCAAGCCGUAUCAUUGAGGCUACAGACAAGGAAUGGACCAAUGACUUCAGGACUCUCCUAGCUGCUCUCAGGGGGAAUAUAUUGAAGUUUAUGAUUGAAUUUGGAGAUUUCAACGGUCAGACCAAUGAGUUUGAUUUGGUUCUUCGCAAAUUAUUCUGG